GAAGGCGAAGAGAUGGGAGGGGUCGAGAGAGGACGGUGAUGCUGUAUAACAAGAGGUUUGUUAUGUUCAGGUGCAAAAGCUGAGAAGAAGAACAGAAGCACACAUUACCACAAACUCAACACACACCCUGCGUGGAGUACAGGACUUACAUGAGAUACAGUAUGGUUUGUCUCAUUUCAGUGACCCUGCUCUUGUCAGUAGUAUGUGGUAUAGGAGCAUAUAUUCCUCAUCGCUAUCACUUUGUGAAUGAGAAUAAAACCUGGAGUGAAGCUCAGAAUUACUGCAGAGAGAAAUACACUGAUCUGGCCUCCAUCAAUGACAUGGGAGAGAUGAUGAAGCUGAAUUACACACUGAAGAUGGAAACUGUAAAGAAAGCUUGGAUCGGUCUACAGAGAGAGGGCACUGGGAAAUGGCAGUGGUCUCUGGCAGACCAAACUUUCUACAGAGACGGAGACACUUACAGAAACUGGAGUAGUGGAGAACCAGACAACCAAGGGGGAAAUGAGUUCUGUGUUCAGAUGCAAAAAAGCACUGGUUCUUGGUAUGAUGACAGAUGUGAUAGAACAUACUCUUUUGUGUGUUAUGAAGAAAAGAACACAAACACUAAUAGAUACAUGUUUAUUAAUGAGAGAAAGACCUGGUAUGAUGCUCAGACCUACUGCAGAGAGAAAUACACCGACCUGGUCAGUGUGAGGAACAAAACUGAGAAUGAGGAGAUCAGGAAAGUGAUUCAAAGUGCAACUGAUGUAUAUGUUUGGAUUGGUCUGUUUAAAGACUCCUGGAAGUGGUCAGAUCAGAGUAAUUCCUCAUUCAGAUACUGGAGCUCUGACAAACCCAGUGGAGGUUUGAACUGUGCUGCAGUGAAUGUGUCUGAUCAAGACCACUGGACCAAUGUGGACUGCACAGAAAAACUCCCCUUCAUCUGCCAUGAGAAGAGACUGGUCUUGAUUAAUCAGAGUCUGACCUGGUGGGAUGCUCUGAACUACUGCAGGAACCAUCAUUAUGACCUGGUCUCAGUGCGCUCUGAGGAGAUGCAGCUCUGGGUGAAGGAAGUGGUUCAAAACGCCUCCACCGAACACGUGUGGCUCGGCCUGCAUCACGACUGCGUCCAGCGUAUCUGGUUCUGGGUUUUUGGAUCGAUGGUCUGCUACCAGGACUGGGCCCCGGGGAAUGGGACAUGGAAUGAAGACUGCAGCCAUGAGAGGAGAAGCGGAGCAGUGCAGUCUGGAGGAAAGCAGCAGUGGAUCGAACUGUCUGAGGGCUACAAACUCAACUUCAUCUGCUCUACCUAUGACGAUAUGUUUUAAUAACAUGAAGACUGAAGACAAUCUGUGGUCCUCCAUCUGUAUCCAACAUCAGCAGAUCUACAGUACUGUUUCUUUUAUACACUUGCUAUAAUGUAUCCUCUUUAUCCAGAUGUUUCAUUAUAUUUGUAAUAUUAUAUUCAGUAAAUUCCACUGUCUCCAUACAGCAUGAUCUUUUCAUAUUUACAGAGUAUGUUACCUAUAUUAUACUUGCUUUUCUUAUUAAUAGAGGGUUUAGGGCAGGGGUGUCCAAUCUGAUCUGGAAUGGGCCGGUGUGGGUGCAGGUUUUCAUUCCAACCAAGCAGGAGCCACACCUGAUUCCACCUGUUUUAAUCAGUUGAUCUUGGCUUUCAAUAGACUCAGGUGUGGCUUCUGCUUGGUUGGAAUGAAAACCUGCACCCACACCGGCCCUUUCAGGAUAAGAUUGGACACCCCUGGUUUAGGGGCAAUUAAGGUGAAAUCUAUUUACUUGAUUUUUAUACUACAGUGUGUUUGGUAUGCACAUUUCAUUGUUUUUAGAACACCUAGCCCCCAAACAGUGAUGUUAAAAUGUUAUUAUUCAUUAUGGUUAUACAGGUGUAAAGUGAUAAUUUUCAUAUUUUGUGAAAUUCUCAUGUUUUCCUUUUACAUGUUUACAAAUAAGUUCAUUAUUGAGAUUUGUGCAUAAUUACAUGGUGAUGGUUUCUAUACCUGGAAUUUCUGAGCACGUGUUUAUUAAUGUGUGAGAAUGUAGACUGUAAUGAC